AUGGCGCGCUUUCGGAGACCCUUGUUGACGGAAUCCGAACGCGAGUCAAUGAGUGACGAACUCGUCUCAAGCAUUCCUCCAGCGUUGACUCUUUGGCACAUUGCUCAAAUCGAGGAUGAGUGCGAGAGGACACCACUGUCCCAGAGUGUCCAAAUCAGUCGAGGCCCUUUCGGUGCAUUCAGAGUACAUCGACUCUCGAUGGAAUCUUCAAAGGCUGCGCCCGAAUCAAGCCCAGAGUCAAAUAAUCCCACAGUCGGCAGCCCUCCCAAGGCUGCGAAAGAAAUAGGGGAGGACAGUCCUGAGGAGGCAGACGAAGAGCUCAUGAAUCCACCAGACGGUUCUCCGGCUCAAGAAACGACGCCGUUACUUGGACCCGCUCUUGCCUGCUUGGAUCAUCGUCCAUUGAGCCCCCUUACUGAAUGGUGGAACACGAACGAAUGGUGGAAUAUGGGUGAUCUCCCAGACGCGAGCAAUUGGUGGGACACGCCUGUGGAACUAGAUCGCGUACGCGAUAUAUCCGAUAAUGUCUCUUUCUCCGGCAUGGAACAAUAUCCGAAGGUACCAAUCCAUGUCACAUCUCAGGAUGUUCAAGUUUGCAUACCGAGCAUGUUUGCAGACACUCAGUCUCAGCAGCUGUCAACGCCAGACAACUGCUCUAUUGCCCCCACAAUCGACUACGCCGUUCCUCACGAUGCAGUCUUCCUUCUGAGACACUACUCUACAACAGUCCUCCGAGGCUUCACGCCCUUCCGCCACAGCAAAACGCCAUGGCAUAUCCUAUUCAUACCAUACGUCAAAAGUUGUCUGGCAGCACUGACACUCGGAGACGACAUGGACCACGCCAGCCUAACGGCAUUCUACGGCACGCUCGCCAUCAGCGCCUCCAGCCUCGGUGGCAUCUCCAACUCGCGCAAGUGGUCCGAACAGGCAAACAAUUAUAAGCAGCGCGCUCGCCACCACGUCCGGCUCAUGCUGCAGACAGCCUACGAUGUACCCAAAAAGGCAAAGUACAAAUCGAUACUGAUUGCUUUCCUGACAAUGGUACAAAUCUCGAGCGUCUCCGGCAGCCGUGAUCAAGUAGAGUGCUACCUUCUAGAGGCGGAAAAGUUCAUACGCGUCAAGGGGCUCAACAGGAAAAAGUCGCGCAAGGUCCGGUUACUGCAUCACUGUUACGCGUUCGAGCGGGUCUUGCACGAGACCACGUUUCCGGGGAGCACGCAAUCCCCUCACCGUCUUCACGUUCGCAAGGUGAUUGAGACCAGCAACGCGAGUGCCUAUAGCAUAGACAGCCUGUCGUUUCAGCUGGCGAGCUGGAGCAAUCUCGACCAAGAAAUGCUCAAGGUCAAGGGGCGGGAAGAGGGGGAGAACGAUCUCCAUCUCCAGGUCCCGGGUGUCUGGCUCGCAACACUGUAUCCCGAAAUCUUUGGUAUCCCAGAGAUCUACAUGUUCCUCCUUUCGCUCGUUAUUCGGUUGGCUCGGUCAAAAGAAGACCCAGAGUACUCGAGUCCCGCCGGUCUCAAAGAUUUCAUGUUCCGCGCCAAGGCAGUCGAGAGACGUAUCCACCAGCUCAGAAGGCAGCCCGGGUACGUGAUAGCAGACUUGCCCGCCUCGGACCCCGAGAUGCAGCACUGCCAGCAAUUUCUAGAUAACCUCUCGCAAGCCAUGUUGUUUGCCUUGACUAUAUUUUUCUAUCGGAGGGUGUACGACGUCGAGGCGGACAUAUUGCAGGAUAAGGUCGUCGGUGUUCGGGAUUGCUUGCUGCGGUUCGAGGCAACCGAGUCUGAGAUGGGGUACGGGUCGGCCAGGUUGGUGUGGCCUGCGGUGAUUGCGGCUAGCGAGGCGGAUGACCCAGAGGUGCGGGAAUCGUUUGCACAGUUUUUCAGGGACUGGGCGCGUCGGAGCGGUCUUCGUAUCUUCAGCGAUUCUCUCGCGGAUGUCGAGAGACGGUGGGCCGAGAAGGAAUGUAUCGCUAUCACCGGCGCCGGCUCCGGUAUGGGCCUGUCCACGGCCCAGCUCUUAGCCUCUCGCGGCGCUAAGCUGUCAUUGGCGGACAUCAACGAGAACUCUCUCAAGGAGGCAAUCUCAUCUCUCGAAGAUAGUACAAGCCACAUGUACGAAGUCGUCGAUGUAAGGAAAGGUGAUGUCGUCAACACCUGGAUUCAAAACACGGUGAAAAAGUUUGGCAAGCUAGACGGUGCUGUCAAUAUGGCUGGCGUCAUUACCCAUGCCACACCUGUUGCAGAGCUUACAGACAAGGACUGGGAUUUUGUCUUCGAAGUCAAUGUCAAAGGCGUCUUCAAUUGCCUGAGGUCACAACUAGGAGCUAUGUCUGACGGAGGCAGCAUCGUAUCUGCAGCGAGUGUGUUUGGUCAAUUUGGCGCUCCUGGCAACGCCGCAUACUGUGCUAGCAAGGCAGCGGUAAUUGGGUUGUCAAGAACAGCAGCUAAGGAAAAUCAAAACAUUCGCGUGAAUUGCGUAUCGCCUGGCUCUGUCAACACGCCAUUGUCUCGCGGAGAAAAUCCAGAAGAUGUGAAGCGCGGUUUACAGGUGACCGCACAGAAGAGAAGAGCAGAGCCUAUCGAGAUUGCACGCGUGAUCGCGUUUCUACUUAGUGAUGAGGCUUCUUUUGUCACAGGAGCCGUAUACAACGUUGAUGGCGGUUGGGUAUGCUAA